AUGGGUGAACUUCCAACUAGCGAUCCCGAGCCGAACGUCGAGUCUUUAUCGGACUUGUCCUCAUUCCGUCUAUUCUCUCAGUUGCCAGCGGAGCUCCAAUUUAUGAUCUGGGAAGCGGCCUUUUGUGCAACUUCAAGGUUUAUCAAUAUUCGCCUCUACAUGGCACUCGGCUACAAUGGUGGUUCCAAUCUGCCCAGGCCUAAUAUGUGCAUAACUGGCGGAAGCUUCAUCCUUCGGGGACGCGAAACGGACAAAUUCAGGGAGUCGCACAGACUGAGCUUGGCUUGUUGGGUUGCUCGCAAAGUCUAUCUCUUGAGAUACCCACAAAGUAUCAUCCUCUUGAAUUCAAUUAGGCGAAAAGAUGGUUACUCAAGAAUAAGAUGCAAUAUCGCACACGACAUUUUGUGCAUCGAGAAGAUCAAUGGAAUCUUUCAUGAGCACGACGAUAGGCGACUUUUUACUACUCCAUUAUUAACGCAGAUGGCUCGGCAAGCCUUCAGUUCGAGCAGAAAGGUGCUUUCCUCAUUUCAGCACGUUGCCGUUCGGCUUCGCAGAGGCUACCCAAGUAGGGGUCAACUUGCGACAGCUUUCGCAACCGCACGCCUACAUUUCACGGUUCAACAGGCAACAUUGUUCCUCUUUUCUUUUUUCGAGUCUAUCAGACACCUUUACUUUCCCGUCAAGUCAGAAAAUCCAGCCACGGAUGACACAGAGUUCUUCCGGGGUCUGCCUGCCCAGGGCUACACACCGGCGCCAGUUCAGUCUUUCCUUGAUUUUUACGACCGCGUCCAGCGUUAUUCUGAGCAGGUUAACGACUCCGAUUGCGAUGUAAAUCAUCGGAAAUGGAGACCAAGGCCACUCCGCGACAUACAGUGCUAUUAUGGCCGUGAGUGGCUAGAGAAAGCAUAG